UGCUACCAACCUGAGGAGUCCAGGGCCACACUGUCGGCCCAGCAUGCAUCAAAAGACCACCAAGUGGUUGUCCACACCUUGUUUGUGGAGCCCUUUAACCCAAUCGUUGGAGCUCAAUACAUAGCUCUGGGCGAGAUAGAAAAAAAUGAGGAGGUUGGUGUGAUGGUCCAGGCCCGGGUGCUGAACUGUGUUGAUGGUGUAAACAUUGCCCUUCUACAGAAAGCCAUCAGUGAGCAAAGGAGCUUCUUCAAAGAGAGGGAGAGCAAACAGGGUGAUGCUGCACAAGCUGCAGAUGCAACCUGAUCACGGUUGAUUCUCCUGGUUUUCCAGGGGGGACUCUAUGAUUGUCAAGGCUCCACUGUCUGUCACUUUUGCUGUUGUGUGAACUCCAGUGAAAUUUACAACUGUUUGCUUCAGUGUAAAAGACAGAAGUUCAAUUGCCAACCUCUGACCCUGACAGCUUUCUGCACUUUAUCAGGGGUUGCUUUUUAACAAUGAAAACUCCAAAGUGGUGAAGUGAUAUCAGGCUUCCAUGUUUGUUCACUGAAGAACUAAUAGCAUUGUGUCUGUGACUUGUGAAUAUGUUGCAUUUCCAGCUCUUUCCAUCAGUGCUGAGAUAUCUGAUAAUAAUUGUUUUCAAUGAUGGGAUUUUUUUCAGGUGAAAAAUAUCAGUCUUAACAUUAUUUCUGAUGUCUGUAGCAAAAGAUGUGAUAUUUUCUUCAUCAUUACUUAUCAUGCAACCCCUCAGAUCUGUCCUAGCACUUCUUUGGUGGUCUUCAUCCACAGGUUGGAAGCCGGUGCUUAGUAUAUUGGAAAAUAGCAUGUACUCAUAUACUGGAUAGAGUGGCGCCCAUUGUUUAUCAUGUUGUACCAGUGUAUAAGGACAGCCUGUUCUUUCUGACACACUUGUGGUGAAUUAAAUAAGAAGCUGUGAUAAAAGACA